UUAUCCAGGAUUUUAAGAUUUUAGGAUUUUGAGGUUACAGAUACAUUACUCGAACAUUUAUAUCGACAGUGAGAUUAACAUACAAUCAAUCAAAGAGAAACAAUUGAGAGAGCUAAAUGAGCAGUGAUAAAAUAUCACUUCGUAAGGUUGUACUGCUUGCGAUUUCAAGGAAAACUCCACCCAAUAAAUUUGUACAAUUAUACAAUCAAUUGGAUCAAAGAGAACUGAUUUCAGACAAUGAGUAUGUUACAAGUUUGAUGGAGGCAAGUAGCUCCACACUGUUGGGGGCUGGAAAUAAUGGGAUAUAUUUGGAAUAUGCGUUGUCUGUUGCACUCACAAAUGAAUCUAGAUUGGUCCGUUUUUGGGUAAAUAUGCCAAAAUUAACACCAAUGCAACAAAGUGAAUAUUUGAAAAUCAUUCCAAAUUUUAUUAUCCCACAAAUCUCUCCCAAUGAAAAACUUCUUUGUCAUCUGAAGGGAUUGGUGGACUCAUUGGUCAAUUUGCAUUUGGUGGACUACAGUUUGAAUCUAUUGUGGAUGAUUUCUAAUGGAUCUGAUGGUGUAGACUUGAAGCCAUUAUUCACCAACGUGGUAUUACUUUGGUGUCUUGUGGCACAAAAGAUUCCUCAUCUUGUUAAGACUGAAUGUCUCAAGAUGAUUGCCAGUAAAUCUGUCAAAUUAUUGAGUGGUAAAUUGGAUGAUGAAUCGCUUCUGAAAUUAUUCAUACAGCAAACUAAACAUAUACUUGAUGUACGAGACUUUGAAGGUGUGACUCAUGUGAUCGGACAUUCAAAUUCUGUUGACUCUGGAUUACCAGGCACAUUAGCCACUAAUUCAACAUCCUUUCAUAACACUCGUAAUCUUUUUGAUGGACCUAAAAGUGUUGUUAGAGCUACUAAGCUCUUACAAGUUAAGAGAUAUGUUUGGCUAAAUCACCUUAUGGUUAAGGGUAAUCUCAUGAAUCCGAAAACAUUCUUAAAGGAGUAUGAAAGAAGGUUUACCACCAGAUUGGGGAAAGGGUAUGUGUUAUUUCAUGAAUUGGUGGUAUCUACUUUUAAAGGAAUUGCUUCAGCUAUAACUAUGAAACAACCAAACUACGUAAUUUGGAAUUGGGUAUCAUUCUUAUUGACAAUUAUUGUGCGUAUCCCUUCAGAGUUGGGUAUCUCACUGUUGUCUCUGGUAGAAGGGAUAGAGCGUGGUGAAGAAACUGUGGAGGAUGCAAUUUUCCAUGCAUUCGCUGCCUUGGAUGAAAAGUGUAAGAGUGUACUUGUUCCUAUGGAGUUACAAACAAGCUUUGUUAAAAGUUGUAUAUAUAAUGAGACUUUACAAUUGUCUUCAUUCAACAAGUUAUUCCCUGAACUGCCAAGUUUUCAAAUGAAUGAUUUAUCACAUUUAAAAAAUUCAUUAACCACUCCAAUAAUGGAUGAUAUGAAAUUCAAAUUAUUAGAUGUGAAUUCAGAAUUCACUUCACUUGAAGAAUCUGGUUUACUUGAAUAUAUUAAUUCUCUUACUGGUAUCUUGCAAUAUUCCUGGGAAGGUGCAGUUGAACUAAGUGAAACCAUAUGUAAAAUCAUUGAUGAUCUUAUAUCGGACAAAGAGAAUGAUAAAUUAAAUCGAUUAUUGUUAACGGUAAUGAACAAUUCCAAAUUUCUUACUAUGUUGUGUUCAAGAUGUGAAGAUGGACCACACACAAUUCUCAAUAAAUUAAUGAAAUAUAUUGAUCGGGAAGAUUUCUCAACUGAUGACGACAAUUUUCAAGAAACUUACGCUCAUUUUGGAGUAAUAUUGUUGAGUAUAAUCCUUAUUUCAGAGCAUUUCAAUAUUGAUCAUUCGAAGUUAUUGAUAAAGGAAUCAUAUACUUUGGAUUACGUAAACGGUUUUUAUUAUAGGUUAUGUGAAAGUUUGACACUGAUCCCGACCCCUGAAACUGAGGAGGAUAAGACCAUCGUUGAGAACUAUAAUAACCUUAUUAGCGAUUGGAUUAAUGCUUUAUAUGAUGAUAGUGAAGAUGGCCUCUCCGAUGAAUUAAUCAAAUCAGUAAAUAUCAAACAAAUCUAUAAGAUUAUUUCGCUUAUUUUCCGUCAAGGAAUUUUAGCGUGUGGAGUGGGUAAAAUUGAUGAGAAGAUCUUAAACAACGGGAUUGAUUAUUUGACACAAUCGUUUUUAAUCCCAUGUACAUUGAAUAUAAUCAAGUGGCUUUUAACUCAAACUUGGGUGGAGUCCUCGGGACUUGUGGUUCAAGAAGGGAAAGAUGGUGCAAGUCUGUUGCUACUGGUUAAAGUUUUACAUUUGCUCAUAAAAUCAAACUUGAAUGGAGGGUCAGAAUCCAAUACUGAACCAAUUUUAACUUUCAGAUUGGUACUUAACUCUAUUGGUAGUGAAAUAUUAACCCAAUUAAGAAAACUCCCCGGCUGGGAAAGUUCUGAAUUGGUUAAUGAAAUAAUCUCUUUUAUUGAUAACAAUGUGGAUAACGAUUACCGCAUAAGACCAGAUAGAGAGGUAUCUACAAUUAUGAAGAAGAGGGAAAAUACAGUUGAAGAAUUAAAACAACAUCUAAUACAUAUUGUUGACAGUUCUGAUACUUCAUUUAUUCAUUAUGACUCCAAAUUGGUGGAUUAUGUUCUACUGAAUGAUAAAAGAGGUUUGAUAUCACUUAUUUGUGAAGAGAUUUAUAAACAUCAUUUUCCAGGUUAUACGCAUGAUGUUGAUGAAGUAAGAAUUUUCUUGAACCUUAUUUUAUUCAUCGUUAUGCAAGAUAACACAGAAUCGGAAUUUUGGUUCAAAGAGUUAUCAAAACUUGAAAUUGAGGGGUUUUCUGGAUCUGGAAAGGGAUUCGAUACUAAAUUUUCUACGUCUAUGGCUUAUCACUACUCUUCGAUAUUCAAUAUCCCUGAAGAGAACUCAGAUGAUGACUUAUUCAAUGAACAUAUCAAUUUAGAAGAAAAUUCUACCCGUGCUGUAUUGGUGAGAGAUCUUCUGAGAAGUGACUCCUUUUUUGCAGAACUUCUAAGGGUUAAAAAAUCUCAAGCGCAUAAGAGUGAAGAAGUGAGAAAUUCUGUACAAGCCCUAGUUAAUCAGAUUUUAAAGGAACUUUCUCAUUUGGUUGCAAAAGACAAAUAAGAACAUUUUAUAUACUAAAUAUACGGUAAGU